UGAUGGGUGGGGACAGGCCAGUUAUAUUAAGGCCUUUCGAGGCAGUUCAUCAUCAAAUCAACGUCAGUUAAAGUGCAAGUCUCCCAGAGACACGAUACCACUAAUCGUCAUCAUGAAUCCAAUCUUUCUUGCAAUAUUUGCAACAUUGGCCGUUAGCUGUUAUGCAGCUCCCGUCGAACAGGCGCCCAUUGCCAUACUGAGCCAGGAACAAGACAUUGGAACAGAUGGGACUUUCAGUUUGAAAUUCGAAACUGAAAAUGGAAUUUCCGAACAAAUUCAAGGAUCGCUUAAGCAACUCGAUCAGGAUACACAGGCUCAAGUUAUUCAAGGAACAGCAUCCUGGACGGCACCGGACGGAACUCCAGUUCAAAUCAGCUGGACGGCUGAUGAAAAUGGCUACCAGCCUGAAAGCUCCAUCUUACCAACCCCACCACCAAUUCCAGCUGCGAUUCAGAGAUCUCUUGAAUUCAUAGCUACUCAUCCUCAGUCUACAGAGUUACCUAAGGCUGCGCCAGCUUCUCAGGAAAUUUAAAUAUGACAAAUAUACGGCUGUGAUGACAUAAAUAAACACAAUAAAUAACGAUAACGAGAGAAAGUUGAAUACGUUUAACUUUGACUGGAAUUGUGUCUGCAACGAGAGUGCUUUGAUUUUCAUUUCUUGCUGAAACAUUGCUCAAUUUUUGUUACCUAUUACACGAUUUCAGUAAUCUAAAGAAUCAUACCAGAUCUGAUUGUAUAUAUUGAUAACUCUAAGUUUCUACAAAAUAAAAACUUAUAAAAUAAACUGA